UUUUUAACGCAAAAGUAACGCGUUGCGAAAUUCCGAAAAACGCCUUUUCAAACGAAUAGAUAAAAGAAAAACGCGUUUAAACGACAAAAAGAAACGCGUUGGUUUUGAAACCUUUAACGCGUUUUUUUGGUCGUUAAAAACGAAAAAAAAACGCGUUUUUUUGUCAAUUUUUUUACCCCUGGGCAUUCUCUAUGAUGCUUGAUCUCUAAGCUUUUAUUUCACUUUAGACAGCAUUAAUCAAUUGAAAUUACUCAAUUUUAAUAAUUUGGAAAAUAUAUCAACAUUGCGAGAAUUAAUUCGUGUUUGGUCACAAAUAUGUCGAGAGUUACAGGAGAAAAAUGAUCAAUUUCAAGAGCAACUUCAAUUAAAUCAAGAUGACAAACAAACAAUGUUUAAUGCUUAUUACAGUCUGUGUAAUUACAUACAACAUAUCAAAGAGAAAUUAAUCAAUGUUAAACAUGACACUGUUUAA